AUGAAACCUGCAACAUCCCUUUUUAACAGAAUAACCAAACCCAGCCCGCGAGAACCCAACGACCCCGAAACAGUACAAUACAAAUUUUCAUUUAGCUUCCCCCCAGGAUUUACCGAAAAAGCUAUCGAAUCCGCUUCAGUAACGGGCUCAUUCGCCCACAACUCUUUCAAAACCUACGAACUGCGGGGUCGGGCUUCGACCGGCUUUCAAAAACCCCAUAACGCAAGCGAUGUUGUCAUAAUUGAACGCCCCCGUUCAGGGCCGCCAUUUGAUGGGAAGGUUUAUUAUUAUUUCACUAUCAAUGGACGGAGGACCAUUGAUGAAUCUAGAAAGAAAGAGGAAAGAUGGUUUUUCGGACAGGAUGAGCAUCGCUGGAAUAUACUCGAACAAAAAGAUUUGAUCUCCGAGGUCCCUCCACCUCGAACCCCCCUUUCCCCGCCCGCCCCCCCUCCCUCUCGAGAUAUGCGAAAUCAAAGGGCGACUAUACCCAUUCAAGCUCCACCGAAAGUCGAGGAUGCAACAACCCAACAAAUUGUUCCUGCAACUAUAACACCUCGAGUCCGUCCUAGACUAAAUAUCCAACCCAGAAACGGCAUAUGCCUCUUAUUCUUCUUACAAGUUGACCCUGAAAUCAAAGAAGUCUCCGUCACCGGAAUAUACGAUGCUUGGGGUCGAAAGCGUACCGAAAACCUGAUCUGGAACCCCAAAACCAACUUAUGGGAAAUUUCCCUUCGAAUAUCAAUCCCGCCUGGCCAAGAAAAUAUCGAAAGUACGUUUAUUGUCAAACGUCCGUCGGGACCCCAUUCCACACAAAAGUUCACCUCGGCCAGAAUCAGAGGUCAACCAAUUGAUCUCGUCAAUAUUUCCGAACCAGUCUUUAUCCCUACAAGAUUCACAGGAAUGUCUCCCGCAUCAACUUAUUUCGCUACUGUCAUCAAAGCGAAGUUUCCUGGAUCCAACGAAAACUCUAGAUUCGCCAUAGCUGGUGGAGAUGUAAACUCCUGGAACGCUAUCGCUGGGGAAUUGAAAUGGAACCCGAUAAAUUCAACGUGGGAGGUUCGUGUUGUCUUUGAUUGGAUCAAAAGAUCUGAGCACGACAAAUUUCACUUCCAAAUCCGAGAAUUCCUCGGCGAGAACCUCGGUUGGAAGAAUGUGAUCGAUAAAAAUUUGCCGCAUGAAGACGUCGACAUUACCCUUGAUACCGAUGUUGAGCAGCGGCGGCGGGGACCUCCACCCAAGGUAACGAGGAAUUAUAUACCAAUAUCAAAUGCCUAUGAGACCAAAUGGCCCUUCGUCGAAUCUAUUUUCGCACUUGGGAAGUAUACAUUCUUCUGGAGCGCUCCAACUUCCCCGACAAGGAUAAACAGAGUCUCAGUCGAAGGCCCCUUUGCUCAGGACCCUUCGAUCAGAGUAUCUCGCGAACUGAAAUGUCUCCCGGACGGCACUUGGUCCCUAACGCUCGAGCUACCGGUUAGGAGAAUGCGAUAUAGGUAUCUCGUCGACGGCAUGUACCAGACAAAUUGGCAUGAAAAUAGGGAAAUGGAUAAGAACAACGAAAGAUGGAAUUUUUUACAAGAGGGAGACUUUGUGGUUGAAGAUGAUGGUGAAGAUGAUGCCGAUAUCACCAUUACUCGGUCAACCCUUAAAAGACUGCUUGAAGGAUCUUUAGAGUUAGAGCAGCUAUCACCAGAGCUUCGGGAGAUUGUGGCCUCGGUGAAGCCAAAAGGCCCAGCUCCCGCGGCCAAUCAAAUGUCUCACGCUCGUGGAUUUGAACUAUCGGAGCAUGCAAAGAAAGCUCUAUACUUAUAA